UUAUCUCAGCCUUAUCAGGUCGAUUGGUGGAUUUCCUGCUGUGGACGGAGAUGCUUGGCAGGCCUCGAAUUUCAGUUGGUUUAACAUGAGCUCCCACUUGACUAACUACGGUGCAAAAGGAUUAAUCAAUGAAGAAAUUGUGCAAAUUCAUCCUUUCAUGCCAUAUUUUAAGUUGCCAGAGCUCGGCUUGGAUUAUAUCGUUGAUAGUGACACCAUUGCCACCAACGACACCAACGGAUAUAAAAUGAACGAGAGGCGUAUGCGAGUUUAUCUUCAGAAAUAUGGACUAUCCGACGAAAAGGUGGCCCAUGUAAUUGCCGGAGUGUUUGCCUUCUUCCGUGAAGCCCUGCAGAUCGCCGAUCGAUUUGAUGAGAAUAAUGAGAAAUGUGAUGCUUUGUCCUGGACUGAGGAGCCUUUCCCCUUAUGGAGCAACUACUAUGAUAUUGCGUGGGGCGGUCUCAAUUUCGGUGAAAACUCAGAUCGUUUCUGCGAUUACUACUACAAUGAGUUGGAUAAGGUGUGCACCAAACACAAGCCGGCAGUUGCCAAUUAUCUGGCCAUGAAGCUUAUUUUUUCCAUGGACUUUAAGCUGGACUCCUCAAAGUUCCAGCGCGAUUAUUGUAUGAUUAAUUUUCAUGAAUCGGUGCCUUUUAUCUUAAGCAAGCUUUACUUACUGAAACACUUUACGGGUAAAACCCAUACGGAAAUUGCGAAUAUUGUCGUGGAGUUGCGAAAGAGUUUGGUAUUUCUCUUGGAAAAUGCCAAUUGGAUAGACAAGGAUACACGUAAGGAGGCGUUACUCAAAGAAUCUACGAUCGUGUCUCGAAUAGGUUCAUUAAAAGAUGACAAUCUCACUGAUAUCCUUAUACGCGAGAUGAACAAUCUAACCUUCGUCCCAGGCAGUUACGCCACGAACAACAUCAACUUAAGGAAAUUCGGUGUAUACAUGAAGCGUUACAAUGGAUUUCAUCACAAGGAGCUGUCCAAUGAAACGAAACCGUUGUUCUUUUUGUCGGGAAUAUGGGUGAACGCGUAUUAUCAUUAUUUCGAAAAUUCAAUCAAUGUCAUGGCUGGAAUACUGCAGCCACCAGUAUAUAAUGAGGCUUGGCCUAACUCGCUUAAGUUCGGCACUAUCGGUUACUUUAUAGGUCAUGAGUUGUCCCACGGAUUGUCUGGCCCUGGUAUCGGGAUCGACAGCACCGGCAAAAAGCGCACUUGGUGGACGUGGACCGUUAAAUUCGUUCAAUUAAUUCUUGAUCGCGUCAAUUGCUACGUGAAUCAUUUCAAUAACUAUCGAAUACCAGAGAUCAAUCGCACGAUCGACGGGUAUAACACCAGAUUUGAGAAUAUUGCGGAUAGUGUUGGAUUACGUAUGGCGAUGAGUGCCUAUCAAAACCAUAUGAAGCAGCUGAUAAGGGAUAGUAACUCCUCAAAUGUGCUAAAAAACGAACGGAUGCCCGGUCUGGAUUUAUCACCGGAUCAGUUGUUUUACGUGGGAUUCGCACAGAUCUACUGUGCCGAGUACAGGGAGCAACAGUAUUGGAGGGAGUGGACUGAUGUGCAUACCACGGACAAGUACCGAGUCCUUGGCGCUGUUACCAACGACGAGUAUUUUGCACAGACCUAUAAUUGCCCGUCUGGCAGUCCAAUGAAUCCGAAUUCGAGCAAAUGCCGCCUCUGGUAGAGUCACGAAAAGUCUGCUGAUAAGCAUGAGCGUGUUCAUUGAAAAAAUUAUGUACAAUAAAUUUUAUUAAAUAAAUAUGUGUGUAAAA